AUGACCCCAUCAACAGCAACAGCCGGUAGUACAUGUCCACCCGUAUUACCACUAUUCUCAGAUCUAUCAUUCUCUCUUUCCUUUGACAACAAUACUUGCCGGUCGGAAACGUUGCGGUAUUUGAUCACCUCAUCCAAGUGGUACCUUGUCUACCUUUUCCUCGUCAAAGUCCGAUUCCGAUACAUUCUCAUUCGUAUCCUUGCCGAUGUAUCAACAAGUCGACCUGCACAAACACCAUCUCUACUGGAAAAAUGGUUGAGACAGGUCGAUCAAGGUGAGAUCAAGGUGGAAACGUUUUUCGAAUUUCAUUCUUUGUGUGAUGAUCGUUUGAAGGCUUUGAAAAACCGUCAACGGUUAGACCAAUGUCUGCCUUUGAAAUUCCGUGAUAAAAAACGUAAACGUACAGGCAAAUGUCCAACGUCGUCCAAGCGUCUUUUCGGUGGUAAGGAUCGUGGUCAUGUACCGAAGCGCCAGUUGGAUGGAGGUGUGGGUGAUGAUGAUGACGAUGAUGAUGAUGAUGUUUCCGACCGUCGAUUAGAUGGAGAUGUGGGUGGUGAUGAGGAUGAUGAUGAUGGAGGAGAGGUACCAAGUGUCAAAAGUGACAGAAUAUCAAAUAUCGCUACGGCUACGGUCACGGUUGAUCAGCUCGGAAAAGAUAAAGAAUCAGGAAACAGAUAUAAAACGUUGAGACGUUUAACGGGGAAGGAUGGAUAUCAAGACAAAGCGUCGUGUGAUCAUAAACGAAAAGCAGAAGGUGAAAUUGUUAUCACAGUUUUGACGUCUUUUCAGAUCGAAGGACAAGAAACGGAUCUGUUAAAUGAUAAAAUCUCAAUUUUCGUUCAUUCCAUAUCGUCCAGAGACAAGCUCGAGGUGGAGGUGAAUGAUGAUACAAAGAGGAAAGAUGAAGCGGUGGGUCAUGAGACGAAACGGAAAGAUGAAUCGAAACAAAGUUCGAUUAUCUUAUUAUUCAACGGUGAUGAAGAAUGGAAAUGUCAUUUUGUUGUCAAUGGGACCAACCUUGUGAAACGGGGAGAUGGAGAGGAGAUGAUGAUGUUGAGGGAACAGAUUCUCAAGCAAUUCAAAAUUCCGAAAACGAGACCACCAAAACAUGAACCACCCCAGACCGGUUCCGGUUCCGAGACCGAGACGGAGACGAACCCCCCACAUGCUUUCUUGACAAACCACCAAACGGAAACACACCAGAUCCCUCUGAUCGACAUGAUGGCCAUACUCAUCAGGAUGACGUUGUCCCCCAUCCCGAACGACAACACGUACAGAUCUUUCCCUCAGGCUAGAGAACAAGCUCAACCUAGCCCUCUAGAGAGUAUUGAGUUUUGGCUUUCAUCUUUAUUAAUCGAUGCAUGUGUUAUGAUUUAUGAUUUGCAAAAGAUACAAGUCGUAGCGGACGCACAGAAAUCUGAUCGCGUUCCGUCCUUUACUGAAAACCCACUGUACGGAUUUGACAACUUUUGUUCGACAUUGAUGUUGGUAGCUUGGGGAAAUACAAAAGUACAAAAGUACAAAGAGCGACGAGUUGUACAUGAGUGA